AUGCUGCACGAGGCGGCACUUCGAAGCGGGAUCAACACCAUUCUGGACGAGACUGCGGGCGAUGAGGACGAGCUCGUGUGCAUUCGAGAGAUCUGCCAGGAAACGCUGGCAAGAAUGGACCGCGUGACUGCUGAAAAGAGCCUCGCACACCGACAGGAAUGCAACUCCGCACUAGCAGAAGCUGUUGAAGCCGGGGAAGACGCUAUGAACGGCGGCGCUAUUGUGGCCUUUUCUCCUCCAAAGAGCCCCCAAGACCGCCUCCUGGCGCUCGUGCCAAAUGCGAUGGAGAAGGGUAAAUCCAAGUUGAGUCGACGGCCGAGCCCUAGCAACGACAGCUUUCCUGCGGCUGAGAUGCCUCGGUGGAAGAUCAUCGAUGGAAACGAAGAUCCUAUCACGGAUCUCACCGUGAUAUUCAGGGGAGACUCGGUCCCAGACGGGUUUACCAAGUUGGAGCGAUCGCAAAGUGGGCAGCGAGCGGAUCUAAACAAAGGAGGCAGGGGGACCUUCGUGUAUCUGUGCCAUUGCAAAGACCAAUCUUCUGGAAAGGCUCCGAUUAGCGAGAUAAUCGCCAUUUUCCCUGAGAGAGGAGAGUUCGUUCCGAGCGACUACGAGGUUGUCCGGAGGCGUGGCGUUCCAGCAAACAUUAACACGGGGACACAAGGCGAAAAAAUCUUCCUUUGUUUCAAGCGCUCCGCGACGUCAGCGAUCGUUGACUUGGUUGUCCUAUUCCCGAGAAAGAAUGAGAGUCUUCCAUACGGGUAA